CCCUCCCGCCCGGCAGGGGGCGGGGCUGUGGUCUCCAUGGAGACGCUGUGUUGGGAGGGGGAGGGCCUCCCCCAGUCUGUGCCUCACUUUCCCUUAAGUGCCCCUGCCUCAGUUUCCCCUAAUUGCCCCUGUCUCGGUUUCCCCCCUUGGUCCUCGCGCCCCGGGGCCCGGUGCGGGGUCCCACCCCCAUCAGCAGCACCCGCCGAGGGGCGCGUUAUCCGCUUCACGGGCCGGGUCGAGUUUCCGCGGCCCAAAAUGCAGCCGUUUCUGGGGAGCGGCGCGUGGGAACGACCCAGGAGCCGGGCGGAGGGGGAGGAAGCGUCGCACCUUCUAGACUAACUCGCUCAAAGAUGCGCCGGCGUCGUCUCGACCGCGUUCUCCGGCAGGCGGGGAGGAAGAUGGACGCGUCCCCGCGGGACCAGGCUCGAGCGUCUCCAUCCGCUCGGACGCCCGGGACGUCCUCGCGGCAGCUGGGCGAGGGAUCCUUCGUGCCCCGGCCUGGGCAUUUCACGCCGCGAUUCAACGGGCGACACGUGCCCUGAGAGGUGGUCGGGUCGCUUUCGGCCGCUGACGACUUUAAGGGGCCGCGUCCGAUUGCAGGGGCUCGUGAGAGGACCCCUGGCCCGCGCGGCCGGGCUUUUAUCCCCAUCCCUCGUCAGAAAGCCAGGAUUGCGUUGCUGCCGCUGGCUCGUUAACUGCCGAAGCAAAGGCUCCCCGGGCCAAGCUGAUCCCGUUAUAAUCCAUCAGCCGGCGGAUUAUAACGGGAUCAGGCUCUAAUUGACCAGACAGACUUAAAAUCAUGCGUUUCCCCUGCGGGGCCGUGCGAUGACUGCAGUGCCGCCCUGGUCCCAGCGUCUCCGUCUCUGCCUCAGGCCUUUAUCUCACCCCUUUUUCAAGCCAAGACGUUACCGACUUACAGCUUCCCCUUAUCUCCUUCGUUUGCAUCGACGCGUCUAAAAUGUGCCUCCGUGGCGCGCCUCGCAACAGGUGCCGGGUUUCAGUUGUGCUUAUCGAAGCCGGCGAAACAUAAAGGCGCCUUUUUCUUCUCCGAGCCCCCAGUGCCACCGACGUGUUUGCCCGGAGUUAUGAAAUCCUGUGCUUUAUCAAAUCCUGCUGGGAUAUUUCUAUGCGAAGUACUCGGAGCCUGAUUUCAGGGCUAAGCUGGCCUGCGCGUGAAGCUUUCUGGGAGUAAGGGCCGUACAAAGGCAACUUAACAUCAGUGCAAAGCGUUCACUAGCAAAGCUGCCAGCGUCGUCCAAUGCAAUGGAUGGAUGGACGCUCGUCUCUCUGGGGCACUCGGUUUAGCACCUUCCGCGGGUCAAAUGAAUAGAGGGAGUCCAGCGUCACGUCUUGGUGGCCGAGUCUGCCGACGACCCCUAGCAGAGCCGGGCUGUCCCGGGCCCCGGUGUGAAGAUGUCUGUGCCGCCCGGCUCUGUGAUUGUCCCCGACUGGCUCAAAUCGCCGGAGGGCAAAGAGCACCUGGCCGCCAUCCUGCGGAAGAACAAGCGGAAGGUCUUUGGACUGAUCGAGAGGCCAGUGCUGCCGCCGCAGGUGGCCUCGGACACAGCCAGCUACAAGGUGUUUGUCUCGGGCAAAAGCGGCGUGGGGAAGACGGCACUGGUGGCCAAGCUGGCUGGGCUGGAGGUACCCAUCGCCCACCACGAAACCAUGGGGAUCCAGACGACGGUGGUGUACUGGCCGGCCAAGCUGAGAGAUAGUGGCCGAGCCGUCAUCUUCCGCCUCCAGUUCUGGGACUGCGGCGAAGCGGCGCUGAGGAAGUUCGAUCACAUCCUGCCGGCCUGCAGGGAGAAGGCAGAUGCCAUCCUCUUCCUCUUCUCCUUCACCGACCGCUCGUCCUUCGAUGACCUGCCCGCCCAGAUCUCACGUAUCGUGGGCAAUGCUGGAAGCCUCAUCAGGAUCGUUGUGGGCACCAAGUUCGACCAGUUCAUGCACGCUGACGUCACGGAGCGGGACGUGGCCGAGUUCCAGCGCACCUGGCACCUGCCUGUGCUUCGGGCACAGAGCGCGGCUGGGCCCCGGCAAGCGGGCAGGCGCACCCCGGACGCUGGCACUGGGCUGUGGGAGGUGGCGCCCCUGCUCAACAGGCUGGCAGAGCACCUGUGGCAUCAGGACCAGGUGGCCGCUGGGCUCAUCCCAGCUCCCCUGCCCAGCCCAGAAGAGACAGGACCCUGCUGAGACGCCCGGAGCUCCCUGGGUGUUGUCGGCAGGUGGCGUCGGAGGCCUUCACGAGGCUGCUGCAGCGGAGCUGAGCAGGGACCAGAGCAUCUGCAACAUCCCGGAUGUGCCCGUGAUGGCCAGAUGCCCAGUGCUGACUGUUCAGCCCCCUGGAAGGGUGUUUGCAGGUGGGGAUGUCCAUCCUGCCCUGUCCAUCGCAGGCAUCGAGUGUCUCUGGCUGGAUUCGAGAGGAAUCGAUACAGGCUUCUCUGGACUUCUGCUACUGGGGGCCCUGCCACCGGGCCUUGCAUGUUCCAGGCAAUUAAAGAAAGAGCAUGUUCCAGGCAAUUAAAUCCCGACUCCCCCUG